UAUAUUAAUCGGGCACUCGGGCUGCUGCGCAGGGCAGCCCUAGGGGUCCUGGCCGGCGCGGGUCAGGCCGUGUCGCGCGUAGGUCCCCUUCGACGUAAAAACGAUGUCCCUCUGAGUCCUCCUCGUCGACCGCGUUUCAAGUGCGUCGAUCGCGGGCGAAGAGAAGGUGGUGCUGGUCUCACGUCCUCUCCGUGCCGCCGUGGCGCGCCAACCUCAUCACCAUCGGACCGGAGGCGCGGGGUGAAGCCUGCCGCCUUGCCUGGAUUCUUCUACGGGCGCCGGAGCUCGGAUUCCCGCGAAAGCCUCGGUGCGAGGGACCCCCCCCCCCACCACCACCAACCACCCACCACCCCUAAAGGAUUUCUCUCUGUGGGUGACCAGCGGUGUAGCUACAAGUCACCAUGUCGCGGCGGCCACCUGUGACCGCCUCCCCGGCCCCCGGCACCACCACUCCGGCACAAACAACCAGCAACCCUGGCUUCGUGGGCUACAACCCGUACAGCCACCUGGCUUACAACAACUACAAGUUGGGCGGACAGCCUGGAGCCAACAGCAGAGCCAUGACAACGUACCUGGGUAGGCAGUCUCACGACAUAGCCUCCAGGCAGUUUCGUGACACCUGGGCCGCCCCCGCGUACAGCUAUGCCUUGCACGGCCUAACAAACCCUGGGAUCACAGUGCCAAAGCCGCCCAAGCCUCCAGACAAGCCCCUCAUGCCGUACAUGCGCUACAGCCGGAAGCCAACCCGAGGGAAGAAGAAGGCAGGGCGCCCCACGGUGCAGGUCUGGGACCAGGUGAAGGCGUCGAACCCGGACCUCAAGCUGUGGGAGAUCGGCAAGAUCAUCGGUGGCAUGUGGAGGGACCUGAGCGACGAGGAGAAGCAGGAGUACAUCAACGACUACGAGGCGGAGAAGAUCGAGUACAGCGAGGCGAUGAAGACGUACCUCAACUCGCCCACCUACCUGGCCUACGUGAACGCCAAGAGCCGCGCCGAGGCGGCGCUCGAGGAAGAGAGCCGCCAGCGCCAGCGCAACGACAAGCUCGAGUCCUACAUGAGCAUCCAGCCCGCGGAGGACCCCGAGGACUUUGACGACGGCUUCUCGGUGAAGCACGUGUCGGCCGGGCGAUUCCUGCGCAACCACCGUCUCAUUAACGAGAUCUUUAACGAGUCGGUGGUGCCGGACGUGCGCUCCGUGGUGACCACCAACCGCAUGCAGGUCCUGAAGCGGCAGGUGCACUCGCUGAUGGUCCACCAGCAAAAGCUGGAGGCGGAGCUGCUGCAGAUUGAGGAGCGGCACCAAGGCAAGAAGCGCAAGUUCCUCGACUCGACCGAGCGCUUCAACUCGGAGCUCAAGAGGCUGCGCGGCCAGAAGAUCGAGGUUGACCUGCAGAAGGUGGCGGCCGACGUGGCCGCCACCGCCGAGGAGACGGCGCAGAAGCGGCGCGAGGAGGAGCGCGACAAACCCACGGCGCCACCGGCACCCGCACAGUCGGCCUCCAUGGAGGUGGCCGAGGGGGAGAAGAGCUCCGACUCGGAGCGGCAGGAUGAGCCCAGCCCCAGCACGACCGCAUCGGCACACACGGAGCCCACAGCUCCGCACGCCUCGGACGCGUCGGCCACCGACGAGGGCUCCUUGCCAGCCAGCGGCGCCGACGGCGACAGCGGCGGCGUCGUCAUCAAAAAACCGGAGGCGCAGAAGCCGGACGAGAGCAACAGCAGCAGCAACAACAACGCGGACGACGAGGAGGAGGACGAGGAGGAGGAAGACGAGGAGGAUGACGAAGAUGAGGACGACGACCAGGACGAAGGGGAGGAGGAGGAGGAGGAGGAAGCAGCGGCGGUGGCAGAACCGGCAGCUGCGGCAAAGGACAAGGACAAGGGGGAGACGGCGCCACUGGCCGGGACGCGCGGCCGCGGCGAUGGGAACCGCGGCCGCGCCGCCAGCACCGGCGGUCGGGGUGAUGGGGGCGGCGGCGGUCUGGCCGAGCGGGCGGCGGAGGAGCUGCCGAUCGGGAAGCCGGGGAGGCACGGCAGGGAGCCGUGUGGGGGGCACGGGGGCAGCAGCAGGGCCGGGGCAGCGGGGGGUAGGGGCAGCGGGCGGGAUAAGCACGUAGGAGGGGGGCAGAGAGAGGGGGGGUCGCCCGGCAGCUCGGAGGGCCUGCCCCCUACUGCGAUUGGGGGUCAUCAGCGUGCAGAGAAGCAGGAGUGAGCGCGCGCGUGUGUGUGUGUGUUAACUUGUGGGUGUCUGUGGUUGCAUGUAUGUGUAUCCGUGUGUGCAUGUGUGUACGUCUGUGUGUGUGCGCGUAGGUGUUCGCUGUCAGUACCUGCCCCCUGCAGUCCGUUGAAGGCUGUUUGGGGGAUCUUUGUCUUUGUGUGCACGUGUAGUGUGUGUGUGUGUAAGUACGUGAAUGGGUAAUUGUGUGCGUAUAUGUGGUGCGUGCGUGAGCGUCAGCGCAGUGUACAGUGCGCUGCUGUACGAACCCGGCCACCGGAGUUUGAUACCCGGCCACGGCUAACAUCAGUGGUAAGUGGUAUAUUAAAAUUUGUCCUGAGCCUCCGCCAGAUCAUCUUGGCCUUACAUGACAGUACCUUUGUGUGUGUGUGUGUAAGAUAGUAUAUGUGUGCAUGUAUGUUUGAGAAUGCAUGUGUAAGAGAAUCUAUGCGUAUAUGUACGUGAGAGUGUGUAUGAAGGGGGAGUAACUUUGUGUGUAGGUCAAGUUUGGAACACGUGUGGCGUGCUGGGGCAGCUGAGUGGAGUAGCCCGUUCGUUCCAUCAGAACACGCGUGGUGUGCUGGGGCAGCUGAGUGGAGUAGUUCGCUCGUUCCAUCAGAACACGCGUGGUGUGCUGGGGCAGCUGAGUAGAGUAGCCCGCUCGUUCCAUCAGAACACGCGUGGUGUGCUGGGCCAGCUGAGUGGAGUAGUCCGCUCGUUCCACCAGAACGCACGUGGUGUGCUGGGGCAGCUGAGUGGAGUAGUCCGCUCGUUCCAUCAGAACACACGUGGUGUGCUGGGGUAGCUGAGUGGAGUAGCCCGCUCGUUCCACCAGAACGCGCUGGUUAAACGUGAGAACCGCGUUGGUUUCCAUUUAUUGCCGUUGCUUGAAAGGAGAGAUCUCCACGUUUCGGCCGACUUGAUUUCACCUGCGUGGAACUUUCCACGGGCCGCGUUUAUAACCCAAGCGCGGUUUUCUCCAGGAGUUGGGGUUGCCAACGUUGGCUGAGGAUUCCUUCUCUCGAGCUUUCGCCACGCGGGGCGUCUUCGGGAGUAGAAAAUAGUAAAUCCCUCCUGGAGCCUGCGCUUGCAUGUCCAACUUAGAACACAAACUUGUGGUGUUCGUUUGACUGGCCUUCUGCAAGAAACUGUCUUAAAUUGGCCCAAAACAAGGCGAUGGGGCUGUAACGGUGACAAUAAAAACACCUCUGCAGUUUUAAUUUGGCGGAACAUGUUUAUUGGCCACGAUCUCAUCGCACAGUACACACUGUCACGAUAUGGGCUUGGCCCUGUAUUCCUGGGCGUUGAACGGUUGCCCUCUUUCCAGUCGAGAAAGAGACCACGUUGUCAGAGGUGUACAGGUAAAGUAAAAAAACGCACUUGACUUUAUGUAAUUUCCAAUGUAGUUCUGCAUUAUCGCCUUCAGCGUGAAGCACUGCUAUCUGCCGCCAUCGCCUCGUUGACACGCUUCGUGGUGGCGCGAUCGGGAGUUUGCCCACGUCCUGCUGAUGAAACUCGGAAGGUCGAAACCCAGAGGUGUAGUUUUUGCCUGGCUUGAACAAUGCAUCUGGAAAACAUUGGUCAAGAAGGGUGUAUACCGCACGUGGUGUGCCGGGGUGCGGAAAUAUUUUUCACGGUUGACGGGACCCGGCUCGGAUGAAAGCCCUAGGCCGUUGACACGUCUGAGCAUGUUUGAUGUUGUUGUGUAUCAGCCUGUACGCACGUGUUGAUUUCCCCAACUCGGUCGUGACCGCGAUAGAGAAUGUGUUUCACUGCUUAGUUAAGAUUGCUGGUGUUGGACAGGGUACAGGGUGCGUAGUGGGUGACGUGGUGGUGGAAAUAACCCUUAACUAUUGUCAAUAUUGUCAAUGUUAAUGAUAGGUUUAAAGGAAUGUUGUUGGGUCCCCCCCCCCCCCCCCGUCGCGGUAUGUCCGUCGUUGCAGGCAAGCUUUGUUCAUCGAGAUUCCUGUGUUGCCGCUAGAGGCAAGUGGAACCAAUUGAGCCGAGGUUCCGUUGAAAACGGUAAAACGCUCUGGACUAGUCGGUGUGCAGGGCCCCCCCCUCCGCCUCCCCCCCCCUGCCCCCCCCCCCAAGCGGUCGCGUGAUGGCUCUGAACCGCGCCUGCGUUGUCGCUUUUAAAUCGAGACGCAACCCAGGAAACAUCAACAUUAGUCUUUUUUUUUCGUCGUAGUCGCGCACACAUCCCCGGCUCUGUGGUGUCCCCAGGCCAUCGGGCACACGCUCAGAGCUACGUGAAUGAGAGAGAGGGAGAGAUACAAAAAAGCAUUUAAACUUAUUUUAACAAACGCCGCCGCGACCGGAAGGGUCCCAAACAACUCGAGCAAGAUAACCCCAAGCCCCACUCCUUCCCCGGCUCCAUGAAAGACAUCUGAGCUUGAGUGUAAAAUUAUAAUAAACCUAGCAAGCCAUUUCACUUUUUAAAUGCAAAUUAAUUUCACAACUCUACCCUGUCUGCAUCUCGUCUCUCCCCUCAACACACGUUUGUCUAUAUGUCUCUUAUCUCGGUCCAUCUCUUCUGUCAUCCCACUGGGUGUUUAAAUGUUGAUAGAGGGGGGCUCGCACCAUCAACUUCCCAGGACACCCCACCUGUGUACAAGAGCAGAGUUAUUUGUUUUAUGGGUUGCGUCUUCCUGUUACAAUCUCGUGUAUCUGGAGUUUGUUUUGCCUUGCGUAUCUCUUUAUUAUUAUAAUUAUAGUAAUCUUGAUUAUUAUUUUGGCAUGGCCCCUGUUUCACCCUCACCUUUGCCCGGCACGCAAACGCCGCCCUCCUCGCGAUUCCUCGUCCAAUAUCGGAGCACCGUUGUAUAUUGGUGGCAUCGCUACGCAAGGGGAGAUCUUGCAAGGCUUGGUUGCAACUGAGAGCGAUUGUGUCUGUCGUACAUGAUCUGUAUUUUGGUAAAGAAUUGAUUGCAUUUUCAGUGCUUUCUCGAUA